ACACACACACAGUAGUCACUACACUACACACUGGACUACACUUAACUCCUUUCUACAUUCAAAAUUCUUGGUUUUUAGCUUUUUGCUAGAGCUCAUUCAUCCCCCAUUUUUUUUCUUGAUACUGUGUUUUUCUGCUGCAGCUUGUUGUGACAUUGUCGCCUCAAAACGGUUCUGUGUCAGAGCCAUUCUUUGUCUUUCUCUUUGGUUUCUUGAAAAUAAAUACUAUCUGGAUAAAUUUAGUGGUCCAUAUGGCCAAAGUUUUGAUCUUUGACAACAAACAUUUGGAUUCUUCUGAGGUUUAAUAUUCCAAAAUUAAGUGAAUGUUGAAGGCCUAAAAGGUGGAAAAUUUGUUAUUGUAUCAAGGUUUGGGGAAAAUGGGGUGUGUUGCAUCAAGAGUUGAUAAAGAAGAGAGGGUGAGGAUGUGUAAGGAGAGGAAGAGGCUGAUGAAACAGCUCUUGAGAUAUAGGAAAGAGUUUGCUGAUGCUCAGAUAGCAUAUUUGAGGUCAUUGAGGAAUACUGGAAUGACACUUAGGCAGUUUACUGAGCCCGAAUCCUUGGAAUUCGAGGACACGAAUUCUGCUGCUGAAUUCCCUGCAUCCCCUCCUCUGCCUUUGCCACCAUCGCCUCCGCCUCCGCCCAAUUUUAGCCCUGAUAUAAGGAAGUCUGAGGUUGAACCGGGAGAGGCUCAAUCUGCUGUGGAGGAAAUCAUUGAGGUCGAUGAGGAGAGUGGUCACACUCCACCCCCACCAGUUCCUAGCUCGUCUUGGGAAUACUGGGACGUUUUUGGUUCUGCCUCGGUGCAUUGUGAGAGUAGAAGGGAGACGGUGGAGCAGGGUGAGGAGGAGAGUUGGAAGGAUACAAAUACUGAGUUCAUAGAUGAAGACGAGGAGAAUGAGGAGGAGGAGGCAGAUUUUGCUGUUGAUGACAUUGACAUGCUGCCUCCUCCGGAUACUGAGUUUGUUGAUGAUAGCUCGUCUAUGAUGAGCUGGCACACGAAGGACACUGCAGAUAUGGCAAUGGUGGUUUGGAGGGGCAAGAAGAACUUGGCGGGCGUUGUCAAAGACUUGGACGAGUAUUUCCUGAAAGCAUCCGCUGUAGUGAAGGAUAUUGCUGUUUUCAUAGAUAUUAAUGCAGGAGGAACAUUCCUUUACCAGAGUAGCAAUGAGAAUAAGAGGAAGAGAAGCAAUUCAGCUAAGGUCUUCAGUGCCUUGAAUUGGUCGUGGUCAUCUAAAUCACUCCAAUCCACUAGAGAAACAGGAGAUAUGUUUGGAUCCGGUGAGCCCUGCAAGCCCGGAGCUCACUGUAUCACACUCGAAAAACUUUAUUCGGAGGAACAGAAACUCUAUAAGGAUGUUAAGGAGGAAGAGAUUUCUAAGGUGGAAUUUGGGAGAAAAUCUUUGCUACUACAGAAACUGGACGAAGAGCACGACUGGACCAAGGCGGAGAAGACACGCUCCAUGUUUGAAAGUUUGCGAUCUUACAUCUCGUCUCUCCAAGAGUCGAUCGGAAGGUCUUCUUCGACCAUACUCACACUCGUGAACAAGGAAUUACACCCUCAGCUGAUCACACUGGCUUCAGGGCUGAUGCACAUGUGGCAAACGAUGUACAACUCUCAUCAAGUCCAGCAUCACAUAUCUCAGCAGAUGAGUCAUCUCACGGAUCAGCAAGCCCUGGAGCCGACUACUGAAUCACAACGGCAGGCUGCAGGCCAGCUGCAGACAGAAGUAACGUCGUGGCACCACAGCUUCUGCAAGCUCGUUAAGUACCAGCGCGAGUAUGUGAGAACGCUCUGCAAGUGGAUCAAGCUGAGUAACUAUAUCGAAGGUGCUAAUAACUCUCACAGCGAAUCGCCAACGCUGCAUGCCCUUUUGGACAAAUGGCAGCAAGCACUGGAUAAAUUGCCAGAUAAGAUGGUGGCUGAUGCCAUCAAGUGUCUACAGUCAGCUGUUCACUCCAUCAUCUUACAGCAGCAACACGAAUUCGACUUACGCAAGAGAUCUGAGAAGCUUGCAAGGAAAUUUGAGAGGGAGCUCACUUUUCUUGCAGAAAUGGAGAUGAAGUUGGGAGGGAGCAUCUCUGUCGAAGAUUCCAAGCAUCCGUUAGUAGCCAGGCGAGCUAAGGCCGAUGCUCUGAGGAGCUUAGCCGAAGACGAGAAAGCCAAGUACUCGAAUUCUGUUAAAACGACCAGAUCCAUGAUCCUGAAAAACCUACAGACAAGCCUGCCCAAGUUGUUUCAGGCUCUUCUCGUGUAUUCUAGCGCUUACUGCCACAGCUUCGAGGCGAUCCUCAGCUACUCGACAAUGUCAGAAUCAGACGACAUGCAGACUGCAGCUUCUGAAAUUUAACUUGGGAAGAUGCAGUUCAUGUUGUGCUUAGAAAUUAGCAAACUUGUCUGUAACAUGAGCUUUUCUUGAUAUAUAUAUAUAUAUAUAUAUAUGGAUU